AUGUCUUCACAAGCCUCCGUGAUGAGGCUCACUCGCAUGAAAGGAGAACUUCAAUUACUGACCAAUCAACCUCCUCACGGAAUUGCAGCAUACCCAAAGAGUGAAGAUUCUAUUGACGUUUUGGAGGCUAAAAUACAAGGAACACAAGGCACUCCUUAUGAGAAUGGUGAAUUUGUAUUGGAAAUUACAAUUCCCGAUCGGUAUCCCACACUUCCUCCAAAUGUUCGUUUCAUCACCCGAAUCUAUCAUCCAAAUAUUGACAGUGGAGGAAGAAUAUGUUUGGAUCUUUUAAACAUGCCACCAAAGGGAGGUUGGAAACCAAGCAUUAAUUUGUCAACUCUUCUUGCAUCAAUUAAAUUAUUAAUGGACGAACCCAAUGGUGAUGACGGAUUAAUGGCUGAUAUUACUGAGCAAUUUAGGAACAACCGACCUCUUUUUGAAAAAACUGCUCGGGAUUGGACGAAGAAAUAUGCUCAAACUAAUCAUGAUGAGCAACCAUCAUCGAUUUUCACAUUGCAACAUGAAAGUAGUGUUCAUGCUACGUCAACUGAAUUUAGUAAUAAUACACACCAUUCAACAAAAAAGUCUUCAAAAGAAGCUAAGGUAAGGAAAGUUAGUGAGGAUAGUAGCGAUUCGAGUAGUAGCGAAGACGAUAGCGACUCGGAGGAAGAAAGUUCCAAAAAAACUACCAAGCAAAAAAAGCGAAAGCUCUAA